UCGUCGAACCUCCUUUUGCAGCCUCGCAAAGUACGCUUCGCCCUUCCGCCUACAGAUGGCUCCUCUAACACCAACGGCGUCGUCGGCGACUCCAAAUCAACGCGACCAUCAGCGGGAGAGGAACGCUGUCGACCAUGCGGUGCCUUCAGCAGUUUCAGUUCGCGUCCUGAAAGCAACGGGAGGCAUUUUACGUGUGCUGAAGCGCGAGUUCCGGAUUUCGCGGCGAUACUGACUCAAGGCACGAGUGUUUUGGUUACCUCUUCGCCAGGAGUAAGGAACAGGGUUUAUCCGACUGGAAGGUAUUUGAGAGGCACGCUGUCUCCAACGAUUAACGCUCUCCCCCACGCAGCUGCCCCUCCCGGAGGACAAGUUCUUCUUAGGGCGGCUCGCGACGGGGAUGAACAGCUUUUGAAGGACCUUCUUCGUAAUGGAGCUGAUAUUGGAAUACCAGAAGCUGACUUGAAUGCUGUUGAUUCUAGUGGCAGGACUACGUUCAGCUACAUCGCUUCAAAUGGAACAAUCGACCUCCUAGAACAAAUAUUGCAGUUGCCAGGAUUAGACCCGAAUAAACCAGACAAUGAAGGAAAUACUCCCUUACAUUUCGCCGCCCAAGCUGGUCAGAUUGAAUGUCUGAAUUGCAUGUUAAGUCGCUGUCGGGGAAUAGAAAUAGACGCCAGAAACAAUUUGGGGUUCACUCCGCUAAUGAAGGCUGCCCUACAAGGAAGAAAUAAAUGUGCCAAACUCUUGCUCUUUGCAGGAGCCAACCCAACUUUGCGUGACAAUGGUCGGGGUUUCCGGGCUGAUCAGUGGGCCCGAUUUUGUGGGCGAUAUGUUUGCGCUGACGUCAUCGAGAAGCACGCUAGACAGAGGCUACUUGAAAGGUCGACUUCCUACGGGAACUGGGGUGGAGAUAAUGACGUGGGAGCACGAGUCCUAAUGGGGAAGCUCAUUCCGGUGCCGACGAUUCCACAACAACAAUCUCACGGUCUGAAAUCGAAACUCAGAAAAGUUUUCCGCACUUCUUCCGGACCCCAAUCGGACACCUUCUCCAGCGCCCGUCUCGUCACACAGCUUACGUCGGCAGCGCUCUGCGCCAGCUCCCCAGUGCUUCCAUCCGGUCCCAACGUUCCUCCCGUAGUGAAAUCCCUCAUCAGGCCGCUGACCGUACCACGACUUCAAAUUACGCUAGUUAACAAUAAUGGGGACUUCCCCAACAACAACCUGGCCGCCAAUGGAAAGCCAGCGCCCGUUCCUACAGUUGCUCAACAGACAGCGGACGAUCCGCCACCUGUCAUCAAGACCGCUAGGACCAAGAAGAAAAAAUAGCACGAAUGUAAUCUUUGCAAGUGGUAUUUGGAUGAAUAAUACUUCGGGAGACUGUUUUGUAUAAUUGUAGCGAAUAUUUAGAUGGUUUAUAUGUAAAUGGACUUCGGAAAUCUUAUUUGAUGGGAGUUGCCAAAAACAGUCGUUUGGUAGGUAUGAGGUUCUCUUUGUUGCUGGUGAACCGGCUGACUUGUUCGGUUCUUUCAAGUCUCGCUAUAGCCCUAAAGCCUCAUUAAGUUUCCCCCUCUCAAGUUUCCAUAACACCCACUUCCACAGUCUUAUACUAGUUUGUACAGGUCUUUUAAAGAAGUCUUGUCAUAUUCUAAUGCCAUAUCUACUUUGUCCAGGAAUUGCUUGUCUUCUGUGAUUCAGUGACUCACAUACUAUAUGACGAGUUGUCUCUAUGGCUUUGCUGCAUUGCCUGUACCUAAUUUCUCGUCAUACAACUCUAUUUUGUUUGGAUUUCCUCUAAAUGGACAGUGUCCAGUGCUGCAACUAUUGUGAACCGAUUUUUUCAGGCAACUUUCUCAAGAAGGGUUUCCCUGUGUUCCCUUGUUUAUUUUUUCAGUACUCUUUAUGAUUUUCAUUGACCCAUCUCCUAAUCUAAUUCCAUACCAUAAAGUUUGGUACUUCCACAACUUAUUCAUGGCUUAAAUAUGAAUGUGUAUGUGUGUGUGUUGGAAAUAUGUUCUUUCCGUUAACCAGCUGUGUGAUUCCUAACACUGGUUGGACGAUAACAAGUGGAAAUCAAUCGUUCAGUCUGUGGUUUGAACCACCAACCAAUACGGUGGUCAGUUGAGUGAGUGAGGAUUGGCAUGAUAAACAUUAUUGGGACUUUGAGCAGGAAAAAUCAAUCGUUGAGAAGUAGUUUACUAAGUUUAAACGAUGUGAAAUGAGCACCGAAGACGCCCAAAAGAUGCUGUUGAAGAGGAAAACAUAACAAAAGUCCAUAAAAUGAUUUUGGAUGACCGCAUAAUGAGUUGAUUGAGAUAGCUGAGGCUCUAAAGAUAUCAAAGGAACGUGUUGGACACAUCGUGCAUGAAUAUUUGGGUAUGCGGAAGCUCUGUUCCAAGUGGGUGCUGUACGACUUCACAAUCGACCAAAAACAACAACGAAUUCUUGAUUCUGAACAGUGUUUGAGCUGUUCCACCAUGGAAAAUCCAAACUUAUGCGUCGAUAUGUGAUAAUGGAUGGAAAAUGGCUCCAACAUUUUACACCAGAAUCAACAAAUUGUCAUCUGAUUGGACUCCACGUGGUUGAAGGACGAAAUCGCGGAAAAAUUGCCCCACCUGAAGUGCUGUUUCAUCAAGAAUUGCUUCAGCAUCCACCAUAUUCUCAAGAUCUGGCCCUCGGCGACUUUUUCCUGUUUUUAGACCUAAAGAGAAUGUUCGCUGGAAAAAAAUUGCGCCGGUGAAGAGGAUAUCGUCAAAACUGAUGCCUUUUUGGGAAUUAAAGACACAACGUACUGUAAAAAUGGCAUCAAAGAUUGCCUCCGAAAUCGACUAUAUUGAAUAGUGAAAACAAAUUAUAUAAAAAAAAAUCUGUUUUUCCUUUUCAUCCCAACUGUUAUAUGGCCCUUAAAGUGGCAGCAAUUAUAAACUGUACCUGUACACUGCAAAUUUACUUGAAAUGUUGUCAUUGAUUUCUCAGAACAAUAUUUAUUCUCGACCUUCAAAGUAACAUUUCACCAUGUGUCGUUCACGAAGUUUUACAGCGAGCAACGUUUCUAAAUGUUUAUCAUUCCGUACAUAAAUAUGUGAAUCUUUUUACACGUUUCUGACACCCAAAUGGGGCCAAGUUAUGGAGAGAGAGGAAAUUAUCAACCAUGUGUUACCUCCAAGAUAUUUUUGAAACUAUUUUCAACUGAUAAACUGCGAAGCUGUGGCCUUUAUUGUGUUCAAGUUUAUUGAUAUUAUUACAACCCAUGAUGGGACCCUGCUUCUCAAUUGUUUUCGGUAACUUUCACGAUAUUAUAAUAACUUUUUUGUUUUUCGCAAUUGAUAAUUUCACUAGGUAGGUAGUAUUAUGAGUAGUGUAAGAUGUUCAUUGUACUUUUUGGUAUUUUUUUCAACUAUUACCUUAAUAACUGUGCGGAAGACAUUUUUUGAAUUACCAUUUUUCAGUUUAAAGAUGACUGGAAUUAUGUAAUACUUAUAGUAAGUACUAUAUUUUCAUGGUUCCCUACAGUAUGUAUUAUUUCAAUCUAGAAUGUAUUUUUAACAAAUAUGGUAUUGGUUGUCGUUUUAAUUGUCUUCAAGGUCCCAAUAGUUUUUUUUUUCACAUAUUAUUGAUUAGAACGAAAUCA